AUGUCUUUUUUCAGGGGCUUAAACUUCAGUAACAUGAACGACGGUGUUGAUUGGGAGAAUGCGGUUCCUCCACACAUCACUGCUCAGAGAAAUAUUGAACGGGCUGCACUUAGGAAUGCGGCGCCUCGCCGGGCAAUGCUGAUGGAUUGGCCGCUACCGGAAGACAUGGGCGCCCCUACAGUUGCGGAGCGUCGACUGGUUCAAUCAACAGCGUCCCCCGGGAGCGGUGCGCCUGAUGUCCGCAGAGCAACGAGGGUUCCGGAGCUGCGUGAGGUUAGGCAGGAAUCGGAGAGGCGCUCGCUGAACCGCUCUCACCCCAAUAGCCACCAUACGCAGUUGCGACCACAAACAUCGCAGCAACUUGUACGCGCCGAUGGAAAUAUUUUCAGUGCACUGUCUGGGAUAGCAAACGAGAUGCUCCAAGCUCAACUCUCGAUGGUGUCUGCGUUCAAUGAUUUUUUUUCAGAGGGGCGUUCCGACGCAAUGAAUGCCAUGGGUGGGACCGCGUCAGCGAGGGUUUUACACGGUAAUGAGGUAACGUCAGUUACUCAACAGCGCUCAGUUCAAAGAGGUCCGAAUUCCGGGGUUCAAGUACGGCGUGUUAUGGUGGCGGCUCAGUCUGUGAAUGGCCAGCGACCACAAGUCGCAGUGCAGGUUGAUGAAUGGUCUGGGCCUCCCGCAACGCGAACAAGGAAUAACAACAGAAGUGGAUCAGAUUUUGAUAUCAUUACUGGUGUUCCCCGCCGCAUUCUCUACAUUUCUAGCUCUGAUGAAGGCACGGGCAGAGGUGAUCCGAGAGGUGGAAACGGUAACGGCUCUCGUGGAGCAGGUGGUGGGUGGGAGAUUGAUGACUUUUCAUAUGAGAACUUACUAAGACUUGACGAUAAUGCGGAGAAGACUGGGCUUCCCGAAGCUCAACUACGCGGGUUGAAGCGCACCACUUAUAAUGCGGCCAAGAGGUCGGGGGCUACAAGGCGCGGUAAUGCAAACCCUGACAAUGCAGAAAAGUGCCCCGUAUGUCUUGAACAACUCGUUGACGGAGCAGAAGUUCAUGAGAUUGCAUGUGGGCAUGUGUCUCACCACAGUUGCAUAAUACCGUGGCUCAGACGCAGCAACUGCUGUCCCACAUGUCGUUAUGAAAUCCCACGACUGAAAAAACGGUGA